AUGAGCCCCCUUUGCUGGGGGGUUCUGUUCAGCUGCCUGGGCUGCGGGAUCCUGCCUGGAGCCUGGGCUCAGUUCCCUCGCGUCUGCAUGACGGUGGACAGCCUGCUGAACAAGGAGUGCUGCCCACCGCUGGGUGUGGACCUGGCCAAUGUCUGCGGCUCUCAGGAAGGCCGGGGUCAGUGCACAGAGGUGCAAGCCGACACCAGGCCCUGGAGUGGUCCUUACAUCCUGCGAAACCAGGAUGACCGUGAGCAGUGGCCAAGAAAAUUCUUCAACCGGACCUGCAAGUGCACAGGAAACUUUGCUGGCUAUAAUUGUGGAGACUGCAAGUUUGGCUGGACCGGUCCCAAGUGCGAUCGGAAGAAACCACCAGUCGUCCGGCAGAAUAUCCACGCCUUGACUCCGCGGGAGAGAGAGCGGUUCCUGGGCGCCUUAGACCUUGCCAAGAAGAGCUCACACCCCGACUACGUGAUCACCACGCAGCACUGGCUGGGCCUGCUCGGGCCCAGUGGGACCCAGCCGCAGAUCGCCAACUGCAGCAUUUACGAUUUUUUUGUGUGGCUCCAUUAUUAUUCUGUUAGAGAUACAUUAUUAGGACCAGGGCAUCCCUACAAGGCUAUAGAUUUCUCACACCAAGGACCUGCUUUUGUUACCUGGCACCGGUACCAUUUGUUGUGGCUGGAAAGAGAUCUCCAGCGACUCAUUGGCAAUGAGUCCUUUGCUUUGCCCUACUGGGACUUUGCCACCGGGAGGAACGAGUGUGACGUGUGUACAGACCAGCUAUUUGGGGCAGCAAGAGAAGAUGAUCCGACUCUGAUUAGUCAGAACUCAAGAUUCUCCAGCUGGGAAAUUGUCUGUGACAGCUUGGAUGACUACAACCGCCAUGUCACCCUGUGCAAUGGAACCUACGAAGGUUUGCUGAGAAGAAAUCAAGUGGGAAGAAACAGUGAGAAAUUGCCAACCUUAAAAGACAUACAAGAUUGUCUGUCUCUCCAGAAGUUUGACAAUCCUCCUUUCUUCCAGAACUCUACCUUCAGCUUUAGGAAUGCCCUGGAAGGUUUCGAUAAAGCAGAUGGGACCUUGAACUCUCAAGUGAGGAGCCUUCAUAAUUUGGUUCAUUCCUUCCUGAACGGGACAAGCGCUUUGCCACAUUCAGCUGCCAAUGAUCCCAUCUUUGUGGUGCUUCAUGCCUUUACUGAUGCCGUCUUUGAUGAGUGGAUGAAAAGAUUCAAUCCUCCUGCCGAUGCCUGGCCUCAGGAGCUGGCACCCAUCGGUCACAACAGGAUGUACAACAUGGUUCCUUUCUUCCCUCCGGUGACAAAUGAGGAACUCUUUUUAACCGCAGACCAGCUUGGCUACAGCUAUGCCAUCGAUCUACCCUUCUCUUCUGCUUUCAUUUUAGCUGAAGAAAUUCCGGGUUGGACCACAACCUUCUCAGUGGUUAUGGGGAUACUGGUGGCUUUGGCUGGUCUUUUUGUGCUGCUGGUUUUCCUUCAAUACAGAAGACUUCGAAAAGGAUAUACACCCCUGAUGGAGACACAUUUAAGCAACAAGAGAUACACGGAAGAAGCCUAG